AUGAGCCGCCGCUUUGUCCCCGUCGACAGACGCAUCUUGGAGAGGAACAUCAAGGAUCGGUACCAUGCCGGAUGCAUUGGCACCGAGGACGCACUCCACCUGUUCGACGAAUUGCUCCAGGUUGCUGGGCCUUCCUCGAUCCCUGCCAUCAACUGCCUCCUCACUGUUGUUGGCCGUGAUUGCCCCGCGCUCGGCGUCUCCCUCUUCAACCAUGUUGCAAGAGCCAAGGUGCCUCCCCACAAUAUCACCUAUGGCAUUCUAGUCGACUGCUGCUGCCGUGCUGGCCGCCUGGACCUUGGACACGCUGCCAUGGGACACGUCAUUAAGUUGGGAUUUACAGCAGAAGCUAUCAUCAAUUUCAGCCACCUACUCAAGGCCAUCUGCGCCGAGAAGAAGACCAGUUAUGCAAUGGACAUCGUACUCCGGAUAAUGCCUGAGUUUAACUGCAUACCAAACAUUUUCUCCUAUAACAUUCUUUUCAAGGGUCUCUGCAACGAGAAGAGAAGCCAAGAGGCUCUCGAGCUGAUUCAAAUUAUGGUUGAGGAUGGAGGUUGCUGCCGACCUGAUGUGGUGACCUAUAGCACUGUAAUUGAUGGCUUGUUGAAAGAGGAUGAGGUGGACCAAGCUUACAGCCUAUUUUCUGAAAUGCUGCGUCAGGGGGUAUCACCGAAUGUUGUGACCUGUAAUUCAAUCAUCUCUGGCAUGUGCAAGCUUCACGCGAUGGACAAGGCUGAGGAGGUUCUUCAACAGAUGCUUGAUAGACGAAUUCUGCCAGAUGUUACCACAUAUACUAGUUUAAUACAUGGAUAUUAUUCAUUAGGACAGUGCGAGGAGGUGGAUCGGGUUUUCAUAGAAAUGUCUAGAAAUGGUGUUCAACCAAAUAUCAUAACUUAUAGUAUACAGAUGGAUUAUCUUUGCAAGAAUGGAAGAUGCACAGAAGCUAGGAAGAAUUUUGAUUUCAUGAUCAGUUUGGGCCAGAAACCGACUGUUACUACCUACAACAUUAUGCUUCAUGGGUAUGCUAUGGAAAGAUCUUUUCAUGAUAUGAAUUGUCUCAUUGAUUUGAUGGAUGAUAAUGGUAUUUCACCAGAUCAUUAUGGAUACAACAUACUUAUAUUUGCAUAUGCUGAAGAAAAAAUGGUUGAUGAAGUAAUGCAUAUAUUUACAAAAAUGCGGCAGCAAGGAUUGAACCCUGAUGCAGUGAGCUAUGGAACAGUAAUAGACUUACUUUCCAGGAUUGACCGAAUGGAUGAUGCUAUGUCCCAGUUCAAUCAAAUGAUAACUGAAGGGUUAGUUCCUGAUAUCGUAGUUUUUAACCCUCUUAUUAGGGGUUUCUGUUCUUGUGGCAAAUGGGAGAAGGUUGAUGAACUAUUUUCUGAGAUGUUGGAUCGCGGCAUCUGUCCCAACAUAGUGUUCUUCACCACAAUUAUGGACCGCCUUUGCAAAAAUGGAAGGGUUAUGGAAGCCCAAGAUCUCUUCGACCUGAUGGUACACAUGGGUGUGAAGCCUGAUGUGUGUACUUAUAACAUACUGAUAGGUGGAUACUUGUUCAUUGGUAAGAUGGAUGAAGUGAGCAAGUUACUUGACAAUAUGGUCUCAAUUGGCAUGGAACCAGAUGUUAUCACCUAUAACAUACUGAUUGAUGGUUACUCUAAGAAUGGAAGGAUAGAUGAUGCAUUUGUUGUUUUCAGAGAAAUGUUGGCCGGGAAGGUUAAGCCUUGCAUUAUCACUUUUAAUAUUAUGCUUGGUGCGUUGCUUAAAGGUGGCAGGAAGGAAGAGGCUAAAGAUUUGUUUGAUGGUAUCUGGGCUAAAGGGUUAGUGCCCACCGUUGUUACAUAUAGCUUAAUGAUACAAAAACUUAUAGAAGAAGGUUCUCUACAAGAGUCUGAUGAUCUAUUUGUUUCUAUGGAGAAGAAUGGAUGUGCUGCCGACUCCCAUAUAAUAAAUGCUAUAGUUAGAAGCUUAUUUCGGAAAGGGGAGGUGCCCAGGGCUGGGACUUAUCUGUCUAAAAUUGAUGAGAGGAGCUUCACCCUUGAAGCUUCCACAGCUAUCUUGUUGACUGCACUUGCUUCAGGGGGGAAAGGCCAGGAAUAUAAAGAGUUACUCCCUGAGAAGUACCACUCUUUUCUGGAACAGGGCACUGAUUGA